AAAUUCCCCCUUUAGGGUUUUUCCUCUUUGAGAUAUUCCAAAUCUCUUCUCCUCGUCUAUCGAAUAUGAUGCAACAACCACCAGCAGGAGGUGUAGCUCCGCCGCCGUCCAUGGCAGCCGAUCCGUCUCAAACCCAGCAGUACCAGAAACAACAGCAGUCGCAGCCGUGGAUGAUGAUGUCUCAACAACAGCAGGCGGGUCAGCCAGUUCCUCCACCUGCAGGUUGGAAUCCGCAACCCGUCCCUCCGCCCUCUCAGAUGCAGCAGUACUCCGCUGGUUCCGCGACCGUCGGAUCCGGCGAAAUUCGGUCUCUCUGGAUCGGUGAUCUUCAACCGUGGAUGGAUGAGAAUUACCUCAUGAGUAUCUUCGCUCAAACUGGAGAGGUGGUUUCAGCUAAGGUGAUUAGAAAUAAGCAAACGGCACUGCCAGAGGGAUAUGGGUUUAUCGAGUUUGUAUCACGUGCUGCAGCCGAGAGGGUUUUGCAGUUGUAUAAUGGGGUGCCAAUGCCAAAUUCUGAGCAGAAUUUUAGGUUGAAUUGGGCGGCUCUUGGAUAUGGAGAAAAGAGGCAAGAAGAGGGUCCCGAUUACACAAUUUUUGUUGGGGAUUUAGCUGCAGAUGUUUCUGAUUACAUGUUACAAGAGACUUUUAAAGCUGUUUACCCAUCUGUUAAGAGUGCCAAAGUGGUUACUGAUAGGACUACAGGCCGGUCUAAAGGUUAUGGCUUUGUAAAGUUUGGUGAUGAAACUGAACAAAUUCGUGCAAUGACUGAAAUGAAUGGGAUUUAUUGUUCAACUAGGGCAAUGCGGAUUGGACCAGCUGCUAAUAAGAAGCCUGUCACUGAUCAGCAGUAUCAGAAAGCUGCUUACCAGAAUACUCAAGGAAAUUCUGGAGAGAACGAUCCGAAUAAUACCACAAUUUUUGUUGGUGGUUUGGAUCCUAGUGUUUCUGAAGACCAACUAAAACAAAUAUUUAGCCAGCUUGGUGAGGUAGUUCAUGUAAAAAUUCCGGCUAACAAGCAUUGUGGUUUUGUUCAAUAUGCUAACAGGGCCAGUGCGGAACAAGCUUUAUCUGUUUUGAAUGGUACUGUUUUAGGAGGAAGAAAUGUUAGGCUUUCAUGGGGACGUAGUCCUUCAAGCAAACAGGUUCAACCUGAUCAGGCCCAAUGGAAUACUGGAUAUUAUGGAUAUGCUCAAGGAUAUGAAGCAUAUGGAUAUGCACCUCCUCCCCAAGAUCCUAACAUGUACUAUGGGGGCUAUCCUGGAUAUGGAAAUUACCAGCAGCCAGGGGCCUAUCAACAACAACAGUAAGUUGCGGUUGCUUUACUGUCGCUUAAGACUCAUUCUCUCUGAUCCAGAGCACUUCAGGUGUUGGUUUGAUCCGACAUGUUUUAAGGUUGUGGAUUUUCAUUGAUUGCUGUACCGUUUGUGGGUUUCGGUUUUUGGAGAGGUUCAUGUUUCAUCUUUUCUUAUGGUUUCGCUUUCUUGGCUUCUUAUCUUGCCCAUCUCUCUCAACCUUCACUCUAUUGUAGUUUACACUCUUAUAUCCUAUAAUAGUUGUUUUAGAUUGAUGCUUUU